GGGCGGUCCAUGCAGGAGGAAGCGCAGCCGGGGCAGAGCGGCCCCGCAGCGGCCGGAGCCGCGCUCGGGGGUGAGCAAAGCCAGACAGGCCACGUGUGCUGACAAGGGGCAGUGAGAUGGAUCGGGGAGUCACUGUGGAGAACCCCUACGCCAGUGUCAACAUCCCACGGGAACAGUUCCAGCAAAGCUUCAUCACUCGCUACCUGAGAGAUGAGCCCACCAUCAUCACCAACCCUGCAGCCGUGCCCUCCUACGGCACAGAGGAGCAGACAGACCUUGCUAAUGGCUGGAGCAGCCCAACCAUCUCCACAGACAAGUCCUGGUCCCGUCCCUACAACCCCUACGCCAGCCUGAGGAUGACCAAUGGGGACUCAUCUGCCUCCUUCUACACUGUGACUCUGGACAAGCCACCCAAGGGCCAGGAGCAGGGGGCUGGCAGGCGGUGUGGCUGCUGCAGCUGCUGCUCCUGCUGCCCAAAAUGCUGCUGUGUAAUCUCCUAAGGGCCCUCCCUGCACACACGGGUUGUGCUGACCAUGGGAUGGGUGACCCCACAGGGACAUGACUGCUGGCCUGGGCACCCUGGGAAGCUGCCCUGGCACCUGGCAGAGCUGGCACUGGCAGGACUGACGCUGCUUUUUACCUGUGAAUUCUGCAGCAAGAUGUGCUGGUGAUGGGAACCUGCCAGGUGGGCCGUGGGGUCUGGGAACCCUGAGGAUGAUGUGUGCCAGGACAGAUGACUCCAUGAAGUGACUACACUGGAGACAGAGCAGCACCAUGAGCCUGCAAUCCUGCACAGAGCCCCUGCCAGUCUCCCUGUGCUGGGAAACCUCCAUCCUGGGAAGGUGUGGGCAGUGUCCACCUGCUCGUGGGUAGGUUUGGGUGCUGGCAGCCCUGUGUGCAUGGCAGAGGAGGACAUUCCUCAUCAUCCAUGGCAGUGGAGAGGGGCCAGGGACAAGCCUCUAGCUGGCACAGGGACCCACCUCCCCAGACGUGAGUCGUCCCCUCUCCCACAGCAUCACAGGGAUGCUGCUGGCACCGUGCACCAAACUCCAUCUGGGUCCUGCUCCUCGUCACCAUACUGUCCAUGGGAUAGAGAGAUGGAGACAGGAAAGACAGACAGCCAAAGCAUGGCUGAGUGCUGGGCCGUGCUGCAGGGCGGCACCUGGUGGCACAGCAUGGAUGUGGGCAUUAACAUGCCAGCGCCAGGAAACCCCCAGCCCCAUUCUGUUCCUCCUGCCAGGCUUGUGGGGUGCUGGGCACAACCUCUUGUCCCAUCUGCAUCCCAGAGAUGGGUCCAGUGCAGAGGGCUGGCCCAGCUUCAGCAGUGGGGCAGCACUUGGGCACCUUGCUGGGGAUGCAGAGGCCCAGUAUUCACCUUUUGCAACUCCCUGGGCUUGGAGGAAGGCAGGAGGAGCCUGCUGGCUCUUCCCAGUGUGCAGGGGCGCCUCCAGGAUGGGCUUUUGGCUGCUGGAACAAGCUCGCUGUUGUGCUGAUGUCCCGCCGUGGUGCUUACGUUCCUCCCUGGUGCUGGCGUCCCAGGGACAGCUGCUCUGCCAGGCAGCAUGUACUCCGUGGCUGCUGCAGAACUGCCUGCUCUGCGGGAGCCAGGGCUUGGGAGGAGUGCUUGUGUUUGCAGAUGACUUCAGGGUGCUGCAAAUAAAAUUACAGUCCUCUA